AAAUCAAUCAGAGAUCGAAGACCAUCGGUGAUCGCUGACCCGUACCGUACAAAGCAGAGGGUUAAGGUGGAGCUAUAGCUAGAGUUAGUUGGGUUUGCUUCGUGUUCGCAUCCUCAAGGGAAUCGGCGGUCAGUGUCAUUGGCGUCAGGACAAGAAGAUCAGACCAGAAAUACCGGUUUUGCUGGCAGGCUCAUCGUAAGCAUCCGAAAUGAGGCGUACCACUGCGAUAUGCGUCGUGCUCGUCCUGGCUUCAGGGGCUGUCCUAGCCGAAGAUGGCGACUUGGACUCCCUCAUCAACAGCCUGUUCACUCCGGAACCACCUGGGAAGGUUGAGACGAGUUCGAUGGCUCCCGUGCCUCCGGCACCGCCCGUUGGAUCGCAGGGUAACUGUGAGCAUGGUCAACGGUGCGUUCAGAAGUAUCUCUGCACCAACGCGAGCACAUCCGGCGAGGGUCUGAUCGAUAUUCGAUUCAACGAUGACAACCCUUGCGUGGACUAUUUGCUGCAGUGCUGUUACGAGGAGGACAUUAUCCACGCGCCAAUACCUCCACCAACGCCGACUCCACCAACGGUCCCAGUCAUGAACGAACCAGCAUGCGGCAAGCGCAACCCGGACGGUAUUGGAUUCCGCAUUACCGGUUCCAAGGACAGCGAGUCCGAGUACGGAGAGUUCCCGUGGAUGAUGGCAGUGUUGAAGCAGGAAGCCGCGCUCGAUCAGGUCGUGAAUGUGUUCCUCUGCGGUGGCUCGUUGAUUCACCCAAGGGUGGUCCUUACCGGUGCUCACUGCGUGCAGAACAAGUCACCCCAGCAGUUGAAGGUUCGCGGAGGUGAAUGGGACACGCAAACCAAGAACGAAAUCCAUCCCCAUCAAGACCGUAACGUGGCCGAGGUCAUCGUCCAUCCGGAGUACUACAAGGGUGGCCUGUACAACGAUGUUGCCCUGCUCAUCAUGGACGCUCCCUUCAACCUAGAUGAGGGCAUCCAAACAGUCUGCCUGCCUCCUCAGGAUGCCAAGUUCGAUCACCAGCGCUGCUUAGCUUCCGGCUGGGGCAAGGACGUAUUCGGCAAGGCCGGAUCCUACCAGGCCAUCCUCAAGAAGAUUGAACUACCGAUUGUCCCCUCAGCCCAGUGCCAAUCCGCCCUCCGCUCAACCCGCGUUGGACCCAAAUUCGUCCUACACAAUAGCUUUAUCUGCGCCGGUGGCGAAAAGGGCAAGGACACCUGCAAGGGAGAUGGAGGUUCCCCCCUAGUCUGCCCCAUCCAAGGCUCGUACCAACACUACUAUCAGGUCGGGCUCGUCGCCUGGGGCAUCGGCUGUGGGGAGAACCAAAUCCCUGGAGUGUACGCCGACGUGGCACACUUCCGGAACUGGAUCGACCAGCAGAUGCAUACGCGCCAAAUCGACACGAAAAGUUACACUCCGUAACCAGUGAUGCUCUCCUCACUUUGACCUCAUUUCUAAUCGUGUUACUAUCAGUCGAACUCUAGACCAUUUUUAAGUGUGCCCAUUUCAAAAGUGUGUGUUAUCAGAAUAAAAUAAUUAGUUUACGAAU